UGUACUUCACAGUGUCAAACUUCACAGAGUUUGUGCAAAACCAUUUGUUUAUUCUACACAACUAGCCAUGUCUGUCAUCACACUAGGGGCAAGUGCGAGUAAGCUCAGGGGAGGCAAUCAAACGCCCUCAACGUGAUAAACGUAUACCAAAAUGGUCUACCGAGUUGGUGUGGUUGGAGCAGGGGUCAUCGGACUGUCAACGGCUUACAACAUUAAAGACAGAAUCCCUGAUGCCGAGGUGACGAUAGUUGCUGAUAGGUUCUCACCGAACACUACGGGCGAUGGCACCGGAGGGCUGUGGAUGCCUUACAUGUUGGGAAGCACUCCUACCGAAUCAGUCAUGAAGUGGGGCAAACGUACGUGGGAUCACCUCAUAAAGAUUUUGCGCUCCCCAGAGGCUGAUGCAGCUGGAGUUUCUAUACAUUCUGGUCACAUCCUGUACGAACAGAAACCGGAGCAGGAUCCAUUUUGGAAAGACAUGGUCUUCCACUUCAAACAUUUCACCCAGCGUGAGUUGGACAUCUUGUUUCCGGGUGUUAAAUUCGGUGUACAUGCAACUAUGAUGUUCUGUUUGUGUCUACGAUACCUCCCAUGGCUUAUGCAAAGGUACAAGGCAAUCGGAGGAAGGGUGAUGAAGCAGCGUCUGUCUUCCCUAGAUGAGAUUGCAGAUUUGUAUGAUGUCAUCGUCGCUUGUCCCGGCGUGAGAGCGCGACACUUGCUUGAUGAUAAAGAAGUCUACCCAAUCAGAGGGCAGAUUGUAACAUUCACCAAUCCUAGAUCUGCCAUGAGUUAUUUAGAAACUACAAAGCCAGACGAUAGCAGCGACACAUAUUUUUUGCCGUCACCUUCCGCUGAGUACAUCCACUGUGGAGGAACAGCCCAAGUCAAUAAUUGGAACGAGGAGUCGGACCCGGAAGAUGUCAAAGGCAUCAUUGAAAGAUGCACUAAGCUUGUACCUAGCUUGAAGAGUGCUAAAGUGGUAAGCACCUGGGCAGGCUUGCGUCCAGGUCGUUCCAGCAUCAGACUAGAGAAGGAAGACAAGAUGAUCGGAGGAAAGUUGAAGAAGGUUGUGUACAACUAUGGUCAUGGAGGCUCUGGCAUUACACUACACUGGGGAUGUUCCUUAGAGGCCACAGAGCUCGUUCGACAGUCCAUCGCAGAGCUGCAAGCAAUCGGACCAACAUCAAAACUGUAACCAGCAUAAAUUCAUCCCAGCAAAAAAAAAACCUUUACAUGGACAGCCUUUUUUGAACAGGUCAGUAGUUCCACCGCAGUAAUGGCUGGUCGCUUAUUAUUCUAUGCAUAUGCAUGUACGUAAAUCACUUGUGAGAUUGCAACAUAAUACAGGUACCAGUAUGAGAUCCAGUCAUCAAUUAUAAUGAAUUUUUAUUUUUGUUGUACAGUGCGUCCCAAAAUACCCGCAACUUUUUUGCGAGGCUCUAGCAUUGGCAGGAAACACAUACCGCCAUUAUUUUUACAUCAUAUUAAAGCUUGAAAUCUGAAAUUUAUCCCUGCCAAGUAUUGGUUUGAUAUUUAAAAAGUUUUGAAAUUAUUCGUGUCCAAAUAAAGGCAUGUCCAAAACAAACUCAACCGAUUUCAAGGAAAAUCACAAUCCUCGCUUAUACAUGUUAUACAUGUACUACCAGUGAGUCAGUAUUUCAUAUUCCUGAAUUAACACUGCACUGGUACAUCUGCGUUCUGCGCGACAUCACGCAGUACGCACUGCUAUCUCCAUAUGAGGAGUUGUUUUACCAGAGGCAGGGGCGGCGGAACCGGGGGGGCUGGGCGGGCACUUACCCCUUUUGCAUACGUAAAUGUGCCCCCUCGAGCAUAAAUGUGGCCCCUCGAGAUGAAAACAAAACUGGCCCUAAAAUUUCAGAUAAUUAUUAGACCAUUUGAUUUUACGGAGGCCAAGUGUCCGGUGAAAAAAACGUGUCAACAUUUCAGCACAGAUGUGCAAGUGCCCCAUUUUGGUGAUUCCCCCCAGUUCGAAAACCGUUCCGCCGCCGCUGACCAGAGGGCCUUACCAUUGUAUAGCUAGAGGGAUGUUUUGUUGGACAAAAUCGUUGGAAAUUUAUAAUUUUUGACUUUUGUUUUACUAUUGUGGAACAAAAAGUUUUGAUUUUUUGACCUAAAAGGUAUUUAUGAAUGGUAAUAAAUGUGUGCUUGGUCGGUAUUAAACACUAUGUUUAAGGCCGGUUGUAGUCUGGAUGUUGAUAAUAAUUACCCUCGUCUAAUCAGCAUCCAGCCUCCAACCGGUCUUAAUCAGAGUGUUGAAUACCUCCCAAUCACACAUUCAUUCCCUUAACAAUAAUUGUAUUUACAUGUAUUUACAUAUGCUAAUAUGAUGGUAUUCUGAAUUUACCAAAGUAAAUCAAAUUAAAGUUUUAUGUAAAAUUAUACCUGUCUGGAUUUUUUGUGGGGGUGGGGGGGGGGGGCAAAGGGUUUUGCUUUCUCCUAAAUUCAGUUUUACCAGAAGCUCUUUUCUUUCUGUCUUUUUAGGAAUUCACGUUUUGAAUAAUUUGUUGGUUAAUUUUUUAAUAGGAAUUUUCCUUUUUCAUUUUAGAGGUACACCUCCGUCAUUCAGUUUUCAAUUUGGCACAAUGGGAAUUUAGAAAAAAAAGUACACAUGCGAUGUGCAUGUAAACCUGUACAGGGUGAGUCAAAAAACACGAAACCCAGAUGUUGGAACUAUUGUUUUAUUGAAGUUCUGCAUGUAGCACUUUCAAA